GGCACCCCUUGUUCUGCGUUUCUCCACGAACUAGUAUCUCCGAGAUGCACCUGUCAGCGACGUGCUUUUAAAAUAUUAAGACACACAGUACAGUAGCGUACAAUAGUUCAAAUUUAUUUAUAUAAUCUGUAUAUAAUCUAUGUAUAGAUAUAUUACGAAAAUAAUAACGGCUUAUAAAAUAAAGACGUUUAGCUUCAUGCUGGAAUAUAUAAGUACAAAUUAGUCUUUGCAACGUUUUUUCUCUAUUAAGGGAGUGAGUAGGAUAGUGAGAAGCUGUUUAAUUGCUGUUCAUUUCCAUUGACUGUAAAGAGAGUUCGGCACAAGGUUGUGAUUAGGUAUAAACUAUAGAAAAUACAUAGAAAUACUGGUACGUGUAAGAAACAAACAAACAAACAAACAAACAAACAAACAAACAAACACAAAAUAGCAGACCGUUUUGUGCAGUUUGGCUGUGGAGAGUGGCGACUUUAUUUGAUAGCCAGGUCAAAGCAAAGGCUACAUCUUUCUAUGAGAAGAAACUGGUAAAUCCCUUUGACCCUGCCCCCUCAAACUGAUCACAUAGGAGCCCCCCUUUGUGGUCAAUGCGCAUGUGCCGGGGCUGGACAGCGCCAGAGAGGGAAAUUUAAAAACGGUUUGGAAAGACAACUGCAGACAAAAUACAGACACAGAGACAGCACCUCAGCACCGCAGAACUAGGAAACCAGCAAUCCUACCCAGGAGAUGAUAGAAAGCGAAAUCACACCCAGAAUGUCAGGAAUUCUUGGAAAUUCAGGACAAAGUCAUCACCCUUCAGCCCAGGACUACAGGCUGCUAACCUCCGACCCCUCCCAGCUGAGCGAGGACAACCUCCCCAGUGACCUGCAGUCCCUCUCCUGGCUGACCUCUGUGGACGUGCCCCGGCUACAGCAGAUGGCAACAGGGCGCCUUGACUUCAGCAUGAACUCCCAGAAUUCCAUGCUGGAGCAGCAAACAGCCCAGAUGAACAACAUGAAUGUAGCUGGAGGACAGGGUGCCAUGAUUCACAUUCAGAGCAGCAUGCAGAGCAGCCUCAUGGGAAUGAACACCAUGGCAACCCACAGUGGUAAUAUGACUCCGUACUCUAUGAGUGGACAGCUAUCCCCUAGCUACCAGCAACAGCACACGCUAUACCAGCCUACUAGCCAGCAAGUCUACACCCUCUCACAGACCAGCCAGCAGUGCUCUCCAGUUGGUCUCUACAGCAACAUCUCAUACGGGACCCAAACCCAGUUCAGCCAGCCUCGCCUCGCCCCUCACAACCAGGACCUGCAGCCCAAAUCCUACCCCAAACCCAUCUACUCUUACAGUGUGAAUCGUUGCAGGAUCCUGGAUGACAUAGAGGUGUAUGAAGAGCAGAUUUCCUUUAAAACAGAAGAGCUGGUCACCAUCUCCUCCUUCCUCAACACCUUUGUGUAUAAGAUGAUUUGGGACGGAAUCCUGGAGAAUGCGAAAGGGGAGACCCUGGAUCUCUUCCACUCAGUUCACGGCUGGCUGAUGGUGCUGUACGAGCGGGACUGCCGCCGGAGGUUUGCACCAGAUGAUCACUGGCUGCGCAAAGACCUGAAGCCCAGCCUCCUGUUCCAGGAGUUAGAUAAGGGAAAGAGGAGAGCCCAGCUCUUACUGCAGUACAUCCCACAUGUCAUUCCUCAUAAAAACAGAGUCCUGCUGUUCCGUAACAUUGUAACAAAGGAGAAGGAGUCUCUGGGAUUGGUGGAGACAAAUUCGGCCUCGCCUCACGUCACCCACAUUACCAUCCGGCGCUCUCGCAUGCUGGAGGACGGCUAUGAUCAGCUGCGCCGGCUGCCCAUCAACUCCAUCAAGGGUGUGAUCCGGGUGAAGUUCGUGAACGACCUGGGGGUGGACGAGGCUGGCAUCGACCAGGACGGAGUCUUUAAGGAGUUUCUAGAGGAGAUCAUCAAGAAAGUGUUUAACCCUGCCCUCAACCUCUUCAGGACGACCAGCGGGGAUGAAAGACUCUACCCCUCGCCCACCUCCUACAUCCACGAGAAUCACCUGCAGCUUUUUGAGUUCGUGGGCAAGAUGCUGGGGAAAGCCAUCUACGAGGGGAUCGUGGUGGACGUGCCUUUUGCUUCCUUUUUCUUGAGCCAAGUCCUCGGACACCAUCACAGCACCUUCUACAGCUCCAUCGAUGAGCUGCCAUCACUGGACUCCGAGUUUUACAAGAACCUCACGUCGAUUAAGCGCUAUGACGGGGACGUUGGUGACCUUGGUCUGACCUUGUCUUACGAUGAAGAUGUCAUGGGGCAGCUGGUUUGCCAUGAGCUAAUUCCAGGAGGAAAGACCACGCUGGUUACCAAUGAGAACAAGAUCAGCUACAUCCAUCUGAUGGCUCACUUCCGAAUGCACACGCAGAUUAAAGAGCCAACCACGGCCUUUAUCCGAGGCUUCCGCUGCAUCAUCAACCCCGAGUGGCUGCAUGUGUUCUCCACGCCCGAGGUGCAGAGGCUCAUCUCCGGGGACAACGCAGAGAUCGACCUGGAGGACCUCAAAAAGCACACUGUGUACUACGGCGGUUUUCACAGCAGUCAUCGGGUGAUUAUCUGGCUUUGGGACAUUAUGGCGAACGACUUCACUUCUGAAGAGAGAGCCAUGUUUCUCAAGUUUGUCACCAGUUGCUCCAGACCUCCACUCCUGGGUUUCGCCUACCUCAAGCCCCCCUUCUCUAUCCGCUGUGUGGAGGUGUCCGAUGAUCAGGACACAGGAGACACGCUGGGCAGUGUCCUUAGGGGUUUCUUCACCAUCCGCAAGAAGGAGCCAGGAGGGCGGCUCCCCACCUCCUCCACCUGCUUUAACCUGCUCAAGCUGCCUAACUACAGCAAGAAAAGCAUCCUGCGGGACAAACUGCGCUACGCCAUCAGCAUGAACACAGGCUUCGAGCUGUCCUAGCGCACACCCCAGAGCGAGAGGAGAGGAGAGGAGGGCAGGGCAAGAGCUAAACCAUACUCCCCCAUUACAGUCCAGCAAAUACCAGCCUCUCGAAAGCCAUUGUAAAGUCCUGGAGAUGGGUCUUCUAUACUUCUGAAGCAGCAACCACCCUUGAAAAAUCUUGGCUUGUGGUGCCAUUGAGGCAGAUUUUUAGCUGGAAGCGUGUGAACCCCUUAUUCUUGUGUGCGCCACCCCCCCCCCCCCCAAAAACAAAAAAGAGUUAAGUAAAUAAAAGCGAAUGGUUAUUAAUUCCAGUCUUUUGAAUCUGUAACCGACAAGGUUUUUGUUUCAAUCCGGAUCAGAACGCACCCUCACACUGCUUACCCGAAGACUCAGUGGGGGGCUGCAAGGAGUGCUGUAGUUUACGAGCAGCAGAAAGCAACGCAGAUGUAGAAGUUUGUAUUCUGGUUGAAGCAAAAGCCCUGUCAUUUAGAGACCUCAGUAGACUGCAGUUGCAAACCACUGGCUUUUAUUUCUAAACAAAGCAAGUGCGAUUUCAGUGAAAUGAAUGAGUGGACUUGGUUUUUGGUAAUUAAGUUAAUGUCUCCUUUGUUGUGUAACCCCUCCCCCAUAGGACUCAUUAUUUAAAAUAAUGACCUCAGCCCCACUCCCCUAUACAUUACACUAUGAAACUCCAGUGUGGUGCUGAUUGAUUGGGUGCUCAUGUCACUCUUCAGAUCUCAUUGCACCUCUUCCCUUGUCGUGGAUGUCUGUGUGACUGAAUGGUGUAUGUCUUCUAUUUGGAUUUGAAGAGAGUUCUUCUGAGCAAUCCAUUGGGGUGCUUCCCUAUUCUUUGGAUUUUUUUUUUUUUUUAUUGCUCGGUUCGGUUCACCUCAAAAUCCACAAGCCAACAAGCUGACAAAACACACACAAAACAGGUGCUGGAUUCAAAUAAUCUAACUGUAUUGUUCUAGCGAGAGCCCAUAGCAUUGUGGAAUUCUCGUCUCAUAUUGCGUAGUUUCUUUUUUCAGUAUUUAUAAAACAAUAACUUAAAAAGAAAUAAUAAUGAUCUAGAGCAAGUCGUAUUUUACAUAAUUGACAAAGCCGCACAUUGUGCAUUGAAGGAACCAAAUUGCAUUGGUUCAAGCAAUUUCUAGCUGCCCUGAACUUGUUAACUAUCCUGACUGACCUCAGUAAGGGAGCGAGUUUAUUAGUAAAUCAUUAAAACUAGCAACAUUAAUUCAAAAAUAGGAAUGCACAGCAAGCUAAGAAAACAAGAAUGACAUUGUUCCAAGUUACUUUUAUAUUUUCAUGAUCACUUUUGCAUGUGCUAGUCAUGCUGUCGUUACUUUCUUUUUUUGUAAUAUUACAAUCCUGUGCAUGUUUCCAGUAUCUCAGUAUUAUUGAAUGUUACAACCAUGGAAGAUUUUCUGUGCCUCUAGAUCAGCAGGGAUUGCACUCCAGGAUCACCCAUCCCUGCUCCAGACAGCCCUAACUGCACUCUCCUGGAAUAUAAAGAGACCCAAAUGGAAGAGUGAAAGUUCCAGAACUGCCCUUUCCAGGAAGAUGUGACCCAAUGAAACUGGGUCUGUACAAGAGCUUAACGAGACAAAUUUCAUACAGUGUGGAGCGUCAGUGAGAUGUGAUUUACUACACAGGAGAUACGCACACAUCACUGGAAAGCUCCUGGACUGAGAAGUGGCAGCUGGUCUGAACAGCAAGGUUGUUAUAACAGAAGGUAUGAAACUGAUCAGUUUCUUCCCAGUGUUUAUCAUUUUGGCACCAACAGUUCCUAUUUUUUUUUUUUUUUUUUAUACCUUGCUGAAGCCAAGAUAAGCUCCAGCUUCAUACUAAGCGUAAUCUUGUACCACAAAGGAGGAAUGAGCCAGUGGUGGUUUUGUGAUAAAGGACUUCCCUGUGUCUUCUUCAAAGCAACUUUCCUGUUCUCUAUUGAACGAAAACAUGUGUUCCUAAUAUUGAUAAUAAAGGACUUGGCUAUUUUGUGCUAGUGCUGUGAAGAAAACCUUCCUCGCCUCAUUGAAGGACGUGCCCCUGUGAAAAUGCUGCAUUCUACUUCUGGACGAUGUCAUGCAGUAGAACUUAAAGGUGUCUACUGCGUGCUGGUAGUUCUAGAGCCUUGUUGCCCAGCAACUGGGCUUUCUGCAACAUCUGUGCAGAAUGAUUUCUAACCCUGUAUGUAGAGUACAGUAUACCUCUUGUUUGUCUCUGAUUCCAUUGUUUUACCCCAGCUGCUGGUUCCAUUACACUGUCAGAAGUUUAUUUGGUGUAAUUUGUUUUUUGAUGGAACCAAGCCAUAAUCUGGGUAGCUCCAGUGGGAAUGGAAAACGGGUCCAGCGCCCUGCAGUGCUGUUGAGAGAAUGCUGUUGGCACUAUGCAGAAGGUCAGUUGUUGAUGUGCUGUUAAAUGUAAACCCCUUGCAUGUACUACGCCUUGAAAAGUGCACAGUCACUGGCUCACUCUGGGAUGUGUUUGGAUUGGGGAGGUGGGAAAGCAAUUCAACUGACCUUGCAUUGCAUUCCCACCCAGUUAUAACCCCCCCUCUUCAAUUACAAACAGAUCAAUGCAUCUCAGCUGGGCUGUCUUUCAGUGGAAGCGCUCAGUCACGUCAAACCUGUGUAGAAUUUUUUAUUUUUUUUAAGAGACCCUCUGUAUUGACCACAUCACAUCAUCGCCAUGGAGAAGCAUUUCUCUUUCCCUUCAUGGUUUUGCAGAAUCGUUUUUGCACUUUUGAGAGCGCAGAGUGCAGCUGUUUAACUGCACUUGCUCUUCAAAAAGAACAUCAAAAUGUAAGCAAUAGAUGCCAUAAUCACAGCCAGAUGUGUUAAUAUGCAAACUGUGCACAGUGCUUCCAGAAAGCAUUCUGUGUAUUAGGGUUUUGGGGAAAAACAUGAUCAAAUACAUCCAGGGAGUAUUGCUGGAUGUAUUUAAUCAUGUUUCUGGGGAACCACCACCAACCCCAGUGAUUGGGGGGGCUCUGCACGCAUUAUUGUGAGAGCGAGGUUUGAAAGAGAUUGGGGACACGUUUUUAAUUGAAGCAAUCCCCUGGAGCUCCUCUGGGACAUUUAGAGGCACCUGUGUGCAAGUUUUUGUUUUUAUUUUUAUUUUUUUGGAUCCCCUGCAAUUUAUCUUCCCAAAUGAGUCUUCACAGAUAAAUGCAAAAUAGUGUGAUCAUUAGCUGUUUUGUCUUGCACAACUGCAAACCGACCCCUUCACUUUCCCUUCACUUGCUGAAAAAAAGCCAGACAUUUUAACACUUUAGCCAAGCUAGCGUCCCUCUUUUAUACAGUGUCAUUUAAAAAAACA